CAUCCAAUCCAAGCUAACGCAUCACCAUGGAGGCGCUUGGUGCGUACGCGUCCAGCGACGACGAGACGGCUCCGCUCUCGACAUCACCACGCUCGACCGAUGCGCCAUCUCUAUCUUUACCUGUGGUCAACUCUGCGCCGUUUGUGGCGCUCUCAGACAGCCAGGACCAGGCCAACAAGGCCGCAUUCCUGUCUGCUGGAUCACAGACCCGAUUGGCCAUCAAUUUGCCCGUGGAGUCUACUCUAGCACCGUUCGUAGGGCCACACGUCGGCGAUUCAACGGAGUUGGCACUAACCGACCCAUUACGCGCCGGUAACGGCAAAGAGAUGGUCACAGGCGUCGUGGAGCAGGCUGCCAUGGAAGACUACAGCUUCGAGGCUCAGUAUCACACGUACAACCAAACUUUAAGCCGCAAUAUCGCUCGAAACAGGGUCAAAGGAGCCCCUCCAUCCGCCCCAGCACUCCCUGGGGAGAUAGUACCUGACAAUAUCGUCGCUACCGGCGAAGAGGACGUGUUCACAAGACGCAACGCUAAGAAGAGGAAGAACCAGACCAUUUCCAAGGAACGCGCAGCAGCUGAGGACUUUGGAGACGAAACAACGGACGGUAUUUGGGCUCCAUACAAGGACAAGAGCAAACACUUGACCGACGCAGAACAGGGCACCAUGAACGAACAGCAGAAGGCGCUAAGAGAGGAGCAUCAGGAAGCCAAGCGACGUAAGGCAGAAGCGAAGGAAGAAGGGGACGAGGAGAUGGACUUUGACCGAAUGGUAGAGAAGAAGACGUCGCACUUAUUGCCUUCUAGAUUGAAGGCCGGACAGACAGCCUUGGAAGGCAAGUCGACGUUCUUAGGAGAUCAAGAGUACGACUACCAGGGACGCGCGUGGGUGGAGCCUCCACGCUCUCUCAAACCGGACGACGGAGACCACCAGGUGUUCUUACCCAAGCGGUGUGUACACAAGUGGACGGGACACACCAAGGGUGUCCAGGCUAUCGAGUUGUUCCCGAAGUACGGCCACUUGUUGCUGUCAGGCAGUAUGGACAACACUGUGCGUAUAUGGGACGUAUACAACGAACGCACGUGCCAACGUGUAUACGAAGGUCACUCUGGCGCGGUGCGCGGUAUCAACUUUAGCAGGGAUGGCAAGCAAUUCUUAAGUUGCAGCUUCGAUCGGUUUAUCCAGUUAUGGGACACUGAAACGGGACAAGCUGUGCACUCGUUCACCACGCGUCGAGUACCGUACUGCGUCAAAUUUUAUCCAUUGGACAACACGCAGUUUGUAGUAGGUGAUUCGAACAAUAUGGUGGUGCAAUUUGACACCCGCUCAGGCGAGAUCGUGCAGGAGUACAACCACCACUUGCAGGCUGUGAAUAGCGUGACGUUCGUGGACGACAACAAGCGCUUUGUAAGUACAUCGGACGACAAGAAGCUGCUGGUGUGGGAAUGGGGAAUCCCCGUGCCGAUUAAGUACAUCUCGGAGCCCAGUAUGCACUCGAUGCCGGCCGUGACGUUGCACCCGAGCGGUGGCUUCUUUGCCGGCCAGUCGCUGAACAACCAGAUCGACGUGUACACUGCUCGGGACAAGUUCAAAAUCAACCGGAAAAAGGUUUUCAGAGGACACCAGAAUGCUGGGUAUGCGUGCCAGAUCGGAUUCUCCCCCAAUGGCCAGUACGUCAUGUCGGGCGAUGGCGAAGGUAAACUGGUGUUCUGGGACUGGAAGACCACCAAGAUGGUCAAGAAGCUGCGUGCGCACGAUCGUGGUCCGACCAUGGGGGCCAUUUGGCAUCCACUCGAGCCUAGCAAGAUCGUCUCAUGUGGCUGGGACGGGCUCAUCAAGUACUGGGAUUAGACCAGGGAGUUGCAAAGCAGGUAGGAACACUGAAGUUGCUGAAAGCAAGAUACCGCAAUUGCAUGUUGCUUUGAAACUUUUUUGCAGCCCAGAACAGUUCGGAGUGAUGGUAUCCGUGGCACUUUUGCCAACAGGAAAAACGGGAAUAAAUGAUAACCCAUGUUUCUAUUUUGCGCGGUUGCCAUGGAGUGUACAAUUCUCGCUUCUCUCUAACUUUCCCCUACGAAGCGUGUCUCCAAAGGAUACUCCACAAUGGACAUGCAAUGACGUAACGGUACUAACAUGCAUGUGCGUGGCAACUUGGGGGG